AAUAAUGCCAGCCAGCCAGCCCAAACACCAUCUUGGAACGACCGGCCCCUUCGCAGCACCGCAACCACGACACCCAGCAAGCACCGCCGCCUCUGCCCUGAUUGUCGCCGUGCUGCACGCAUCGCUAUCCCCCGCCAGCCGUGGCUUAUCUGUGCCACAGCAACUAGCCGUGCGCCCUUGGAAGUUGAAACGUCCGCUCCGCACUCCGCAACCUCCAGCCGCGCCGACUCCCUCGCCAUUUACUUACACGACCACCGCAUGCGCUCUCCUCAGACUCGCCUGAUCGCCCACGCUCAUUACUGCACCACAUUCCUACUGCGCCGACUGGACUGACACCCGCCGCCGCCGUCCUGCGCUGGCUGGUCGUCCCUCGCAUUGACUGCGCCGCACCCCAGCCUCUUGGCGGUCCCUCGACGACGGCGAACACUACGACUCCUGGAUGCACGACCACACAUGAGCGAGGAUGACGCGACCACAAAUAAUACGAGCAGAUACGAUUGAUCUGCAGGACAAGACGUCGCCAACCGCACAAGACCAUUCUAAUCAGCCAGAGCACCCGGCGCCGCUCGGAAUCGGCCCUGCUGCCCCUCAUCAGCAAGCCUCUCUACAGUCCGUCGAAGAUGAGCGCUCGGCUGAGGAGGCGCGGCUGCAGAAUGCCUGGAACACCGCCGGGAACUCGCUGAGCGAAGACCCUGGCUCUGACGAUGACCGUACUGUGCAGAAAUCGCAUAACGGGGGCAUGCACGACGACGAAGACGACGACGAUAUGCAGGACGCCGAUGUGGAGGAGGAUAUGGACGACGACAUGCUCGACAAGAUUUCGAGUUCACCUUCAAUUGACGAUGGUGGGUAUUCUCUACCUUCUUUCCCCUCGGUAUGGCCGACGCGAAGAGAGUCCAUCACUCCAGAAUCGUCACCGGUCAUACCGAGUUCGGCUUCUUCCUCCCCUUUCAUAUCUACACCCGUACAUUUCCCCAUGCCGGUUGCCAAAGCUGGUCGACCUCUCAGUGUCUCAGCAUCGGGCUUCAACGGUAUUUCAAGUACCCCGUAUCAUCCUUUCGCAAACCCCACAUUUCAUUUCUCUCAACACCCCCCAACAUCGCAGUCAACGGAGCAUCAUUCUGGUGAGUAUACCUGGAUAAGGUCCACCAGCGGCUCGCACACGACCGAUACGACCGUCCAAAACGGAGAAUCAAGCCCUCGAGCAAGGCAAUUGAAGGUCAUAGAACAGAGAUUACUGGACACGAGGGAAGAUUCGCAGGCCUCGCUGAUGUCCGACCUGGACGAAGAACACGCAAGGAAGAUGCUACAGCCUAUUCCUCCGCCAUCGCUGGACCUGCCAGACGAUCCUUUUCUUAAAUCGCUUGCGCUCGUGCCGCGCAGUACUAACGGAACCCCGACUCCAGCCAAGCGUCCUGACGACGAAGAAGACUCCUGGACGACCGACAGCGACGCCGAAACUUGGGACGAGGAUCCAAAUGACGACAAUGAUGCAUCCAAUGACGUUUUCUUUUCUCUCGAUUCCAGAUUUAUCGACUCGGGCUGGGGAGGCGAAUGCUUACAAGAAACAGAGGAUAUCGAUUUCGAAUUUGUCUACGCCUUGCACACUUUCGUCGCGACUGUAGAGGGCCAAGCGAAUGCAACAAAGGGUGACACGAUGGUGUUGCUCGAUGACAGCAACAGCUACUGGUGGCUUGUCCGUGUUGUCAAGGACAGCAGCAUUGGAUACUUACCAGCAGAACACAUCGAGACACCUACUGAACGUCUGGCGCGUCUAAACAAGCACAGGAACAUCGAUCUUUCGGCAACAAUGCUUGGUGAUACUGCCGAAAAAACGAAAAACCCGUUAAAGAAGGCCAUGAGAAGACGGAAUGCCAAGACGGUGCAGUUUGGAGCACCGACUUAUGUCGAAGCAUCCGACUACGAUUACUCGUCCGAUGAGGAGGGUGGUGAAUUGUUUGGUGGGCCAGAGCCGAAGCAAGCUCAGCAGCAACAGCAACAGCAGCAGCAACAGCAACAAGCUGCACAAGACGCUGAAACUGAACAAGACGAAUCUCUAGAGGUGAAGCCGCUGAAGCUUGGCGGCAUCAAGAAGGUUUCCUCUGAAGAGUCGAGAACCUCCGAAGACUCUAUGAAAGAUGACGAAAAGUCAAGGACAAGCGACGAAAUCUUCGAUCGACCUCUAGACCCGAAAGUGUCACGUAAUGGCACCCUUCGCAAUACCGACUCGUUCUUCAAGGACGAGAACACCGAGACUCGGAAGAUUACGCUUACGCCUAACCUGCUACGUGACGAUUCCAGUACGUCUACAACGGGUUCUCGCGAACGCGAACGCGGACCAAGCCUCGAGAGCUUGGAGAAAAAUGGCUUCGCUGACAAGGUCAAAGACGACAAGAAGAAGAAGGACAAGAAAUCCGGCAUGCUUAGUGGCCUGUUCAAGCGCAAGGACAAGAAAGACAAGGACUCGAAGAGCGACAUCGAUACAGUAGAGGCCGACUUGAAGAAGGCAAUCGAAAAGCCAGAACAAACUUCGCCGCAGACGGCUCCGGCCAAGCCUGCAGAAGUUGCCCCUGAACGACCGUCAGAAGAGCAGACCGCGCAGGCUCCAUCAAGGCAGUCGAGCAAGGGCAAACUCCAGAAGCAGCACCGUGCCAGGACCGACUCACCUAUCAAAACAAAGAGUAUCUUAAAGACAGACAGCCCCAUGGAAGCUACAAUGGAUCCAGACGAUGCUAUCGACGCACAUGAAAUGGGUCCUGCAGGACAGCAAGCUCAGUCAACAAUGCGCGUUGUUUCUCCGGAUCAAGAAGAAAAAUCAAUGACGCAGCCAGCUGUACAAGAUCGGGUCAAGUCACCAGAUAGUCAUGGGGUCAUAGCUGCCAUCAACUCGAAGAAUCCUUUCCGGUCAAACACCACAACUGACAGCGCACCAAAACCAGAAAAGGUUCGCAAGGCCAAGGAGCGAGUAGCAUUGGACGACUUCGAUUCCAGCGCAGACGAUAGCGAUGACCCAUUCGCUGAUCCUGGAGCGCAGGGCAAGACACAGCAACAGCUAACAACCGAGCCUGUUGGACGUCUGUCCGAGUCGCCCGUUCAUGUCUCUGCCGCUGAUGCACAGCCAACAAAUAAGGACCAGGAGUCGGACGCACAACAUCCACCGGGCCUCACGGGCGACAACUCGAGUGCAGAUACUGGCUCGCCGGUAUCAACUCCAGACUUGGAUGCAGCGAGCCCAGAUACCAUCGUACCUCAAAAGCUCAGCGUUGCAGCCCCUCGCUCCGGUACUUCACCUUCGCCCAUACACCUUUCUCCUACCGCGAACCACAAUCCGCCGCCAUCACGCUCUGCUCCUGUGCCAUUGAACGUCAGCGUCUCGCCUUCGAUAUCACCCGCUCCCGUUUCUUCGGAAUCGACGACGCUUCCGGCUUGGUCUGAUGCCAGUCUGCGCUCCUACCUUGACGACGGCAGCGAGAUCCGCGAUCUGCUCCUCAUGAUCAACGACACCAACGGCGUCGUACCCGUCAGCAAGGACCACCCGCUGAUGAGCGGUCUCUAUGUCGAGGAAACAAAGGCUGCGCAGAAUCUCAGCAGUGAGCUCGACAGGCUCCUGGCCGGGUUGAUGGAUAAUCGGAUGAAGCGCCAUGGCAGCGGAGCGAGCAAGAAGAGCCAAUUGAGUCAGAUGAGCAGGGCGAGUACAGCCGGCGGAAGGUAGCGGUAGUGAGGCUACCGCUUGGACUCUUACAUUAAUGAGUCGUAAGAGAAGGAAGUUUCUUUACAUAUACCCUAGGGAUUUGGCGUUCAGCACGGUUUGAGUUGGGGGCAACGUGUCAUGUGGUACGAAAUCUUGGUUCUUUUGGGCGGUCACAUUUGUCGCAUCUUUGCGCAUUUUCGGUUGAAACACACACAGACAGACAGGAAGACAGACAGAGUCAGCUGGGCCUGGCAUGUUGCGGCGGCAGUCAGCUUUGGCAUUUGGGUUCCUCCCCUCCUGGUCUUCGGACUGGUAUUCUUUCUAUUCUUCUAGUUUUUCUUGCUCCCUGGCUUUGCGGCUGCGGGCUUUCCGCUUUGCGCUUCGUGGCCUUCUUUAAUACCCUGUCAUGAAUCCGGUUGGUGUUCUUCGUUUGGGGCGUGGAAGCGAGGGACUUUAGAGGAGGGUGUAGCUAUUAGCAUUACGUAUACCACUGUUUCUUCCCUUUG